AGUCGUCGCUCCGUGUAGCGAGCGGACGUCGACACACAGUCUGUUUGUUCACUCUUUAACGCUGCGGUGGUAUUUAACUCGAUUUCGCGCGCGUGCCGGUGAUCGUCAUUGAUAACGACGACGAUGACGAUGAUCGAGUCGAGGAGAUGAAGAUCUGCAGCAGUGGGAUCUUGUGGGGGAGGACGGGCUCAUUUUCCGUGCGGAAUAAUAAUAAUAAAUAAAAAAAGUGUGAGGUGUGAACAGUGAGAAUCGAUAAGAUAUUACAGCGUGACGUACUCGAUCGUCCAAGUGAUAGUGAGGCGAACGAUCGUUGCGUGUAUUGCACACACAUUAUCAUUAUCGCCGAUAAAAGAGUGUCGCACACGUGCAGCCUGUGUUGUGAGAUUUGUGUCUGUGAGAAUAUAUUAGCGUUUUUCGUGUCGUAUAUACAUAUUGUACGCUCUCGUAUCGAUCGAAGGAGGUGUCGGGAGAAGAAGAGGACAAGAGAGAGAGAGAGAGAGAGAGAGAGAGAGAGAGAGAGCUGAACAGGCUGAUAGCGCAGUACCUUUUAUCGCUCGCUUCUCACGCUCUCUGCGCCGAGUUAAAAAACCAGUUCCCUUUUUGCGCUCUGUCAUUUGCAGUCCGGCUAAGAAAAAAAAGGCACAACAAACGAUUCUAGUCCCAUCCGAUAUAUACAACAUUGUGAUAUACAACACUGUCGCUAUAAGGCCAUAGCGGUAUAUCGUCAUCCCAGCAUCGCAGCGCGAAUAAAUGAAUGCUCAAUUAAAGAUGACGAGCAGCCAGACGAGCGAGCAGCUGUCCGAAGACUCUCCGAAGCGUAGAUCGACGUUCUACGUGACCCUGGAGAGCGGCAGUACCGAUCCCCGGCAGUCAUCGAAAUUCCAGAAAUCCUCGUCGUGUGAUUCAGAAAAAUACGCCUGCAGCACUUUCCCCAUCACCCAGUCGAAGACAGCUCCGAACGUGCCGUCGCUCCUCUCGCGCACUCAGUCGACCAACAACGAGUCGCGCGGUUAUACGUCCGGCAAGAGGCUCGAGUCCAGUAUGUUAGAGCCCAGGGGUAAAGUCCAGUCCCUCACGAGGAUCUUCGAGACGCCGAAGAACAACAACAACAAGAGCAGCAGCAACAACAACAACAAUCUCGUAGCCGAAACGGAGCAGAAGAGGAAGGUGGAGCGGACGCGAUCGUUCAAAACGAUCGAGCGUUUCCAGAAUCGAUUCGUCGGCAAGAAGGAGAGCAGCGGCGCCAGCGGAAGCAACAGUCGUAAGGAUGCGCGGCUCAACAAGACCAUCGCGGGCUUCGAGCUCGACAAGAACAACCUCGACAAGGAGGAGAUGGAAAACCGACGCAAGAGCAAACACGAGGAAGCCAUUGUUGUCGAGAAACGCAGCAGCGUCACUCAGCCGAAAAUCGCAACCGCUAAAGCUCGAACGAGGGACCACGCGAAAUCCGUGGUGGAACAGAGAAGCACAGCUAAACAGACGCAGUCCGGAAAUGCGAGUCUCGCUAACCUGCUGAUCAGGAGGACCCACAGUACGAAGUUGGCCAGGAGUACCAGUGCUCUGGUGAGAAGUGGAAGACACGCGUCGAUAGACAACUGCAACACCACAGUGACGAGCGUGAAGGUGAAGAACGACGACGCUGACUCAGGACAAGAGAACGACGAGCCGAUGCUCGAUGAGCAGGUCGUUAGGAAUGAGACGCGGUUCGAGGAGACCGACACGGAUGCUGGCGUUCAUUCAGACACUUCGUAUGAGAAGGCAUGCAGAAGAGGCAGUGCUCCAGCCACCCCCGUACUCGGCGCACGGCCACUCGACGUCACCCCCAAUCGUAUUGUCAAUUUCUUCUCGAAGCGAUCGUUCCGAUCGAAUCCGCUGAAGAGGACGAAGAGCGUGACGAAGCUCGAGCGUCAGAAGCAGCGCGGAGUUGGUUUGGGCAGCGGCGCCGGUCUGCGCGGCUGUCGCUCGCACGAGUCGCUGCUCUGCGGCCAGGCUGUGACCUCGAUGGACCUGGCCGCUGUGACACCGCUGCAUCCGAGCCUCCUCAACAGGCCGCACUGCUUCCAGGUCACACCCAGCAACGGAGGACCCAAGUACUUUAGCUGCAGGACUGCUCACGAGAGGGAACAGUGGAUGCACAGCUUACGCAAAUCAGUGCAGCCGGAAGCCGAGCAGACGCGUCGGACGGACAAUUCGCUGCAGAUCUGGCUGCUCGAGGCUAAGGGCGUGCCGGCGAAGAAGCGCUACUUCUGCGAGGUAUGCCUCGACUCGACGCUCUACGCUCGCACGACAGCGAAGCUCAAGGCCGAUCUGUGCUUCUGGGGCGAGCGAUUCGACUUCCAUCACCUGCCGGCCGUCAAUACCAUCCAGGUGAACCUCUACAGAGAGGCCGACCGUAAGAAGAAGCGGGACAAGAACGUGCUGAUCGGCUCAGUGAACAUACCCGUGAACAACGUGACGUCGCGUUACCUCACGGAAAAAUGGUACCCAGUGGUCGGGGACAAAGGUCCGCUGAAGGAACCUCCGGCACUUCGCGUCAAGUGUCGCUUCCAGUCGGUCGACAUAUUACCAGUUCAGGUCUACUCGGAGUUCCUCGAGUACCUGAAGACAGACUACGCGGCUCUCUGCGAAAAACUCGAGCCCGUGAUCGGCGUCAAGGCCAAAGAGGAUAUCGCCACCGCACUCGUCGCCGUAAUGCAGAGGGAGAAGAGGGCGCCCCAGUUUUUGGCUGAUCUCGUUAUGAUGGACAUUCACAGAAUCGACGACGAAAGGCUGACCUUCCGUGGCAACAGUCUGGCGACCAAAGCGAUGGAAGCUUACCUGAAGCUGACCGGCGAUCGUUAUCUGCAAGAGACGCUCGGUCCGGUGGUUCGCGGCGCAGUCGAGGGAGGCGACUGCGAGGUCGACCCCCUGAAGGUAGCCUCCGUCGCAGCACUGCACAAACAACAGCAGAAUCUCCGAGCCGCCGUCGAACUCGCCUGGAGCCGAAUCCUCGCGAGUCACUCGCAUUUCCCCGUCGAGCUGAGGGAGUGCUUCCGCAUAUUCAGGGAGAGACUUAAGGAGAUGGGCCGAGAGGACAUGGCCGAUAAUCUGAUUUCGGCCUCGAUUUUCCUCAGGUUUUUGUGCCCCGCGAUUCUCAGUCCGUCGCUCUUCAACAUUACGCACGAGUAUCCGAACGAAAAGGCUGCGAGAAAUCUGACGCUGGUGGCGAAGACCCUGCAGACUCUGGCGAACUUUACGAGAUUCCAGGGAAAGGAGAAUUUUAUGGAAUUCAUGAACGACGUCCUGGAACGUGAAGCGCCUUCGAUGAAAACCUUUUUGCAAUUAAUAAGCAGUUCGAAAGAAACGCAAAACAACUUGAUGGAGUACGACGGCUACAUCGACCUGGGCAAGCAAUUAUCGCUCCUACACGCGCUUCUCCGCGAGAGCGUCGCAACGACUUCGUCGAACUCUCCCUCAUCGCCACCCUCCCGUCUCCCAGAGAUCCUCGACAGGAUCUCUCAGGCCCUCGAUCAACCCGGGCCUUCGCCUGUACCCUCGACUCUACGCUAUCCAAACCUCCAGAACAACAUUUUUCGCUACAACGACCCGACCAUCGCCAACAGCAACACCAACCUCUCGAUCUCCGCGACCUCGACUCUCAGCAGCAACCACAGCACUCUGAACGGCACGAUCGGCGACAGUACCGAGAUCAUUCAGAGCAAUACACUCGGACACAAUGCCAAUAACGGCACACGAAGCCCGAAUGUGGUUAGGGCUGCGACACUGCCCCGCAACGCUUACAUGCCCACCAACGGCAAGCUUCAGCUGCAAAUCAACAACGAUGACUACCCGCUCGAGUCGUCGGCUUUCGUCUCCAGGUCACCGACGCCCAUCAGUCGGCAGCAGCAUCUUCAUCAGCGAGCCACUGCCUUCGCAGCCAACAAUCGCAGUGGACCCGGAUACAGGCUGGUCACCAGCGCAAGUUUAGCUAAUGUGAAUCACUGUCAGACUAACGCUAGCCAUCCGACUAGCCCUACGAGGUCCGAGAGUCACAGCAACUUGAAGGACUCGAAUUACAACAUUACCGGCAGUCAGUCCAACAACAGCACGAUGGCCCAACACAGACACAACAUCUCCAGGCUGCAGAACCUCGACAUUCACGACAGAUGCGAGGACAACUACAACCACAAUAAUUAUAACGUGUCGAGGUCUGCGAGCAGGAACCACUGCUGUAAGGAAGAGAACGCCAACCAGACCCAUCAGCAGAACUAUAACAACGUCUCCAAGACGACGAUCAACGCCAAUAACCACACCGGCUCGAACAUCACUCUGUCGAUCAACCACCAACCGAACAACAACAGCUACCACAACUCGAAAACCAACGGCGGCAAUAACCCAACCGGAGCACAACUAGCUAACGGUAAUCUGGACGAGUUUUCAGACCUGCUGAGGUAUGCCGACGACGAGGUGAGCGAGUCCAAAUCGCAGAAGGGUUCGCAGAUCUCGAUCUCGCAGCUGAGCAAUGUUGCCUCUUCUGGCUACCAGAGCUUCGCCGCCUACAGCCAGAGCUCUAGCCCCGUAGAUCUCACGAGCAAUAACGCCAACGGCCACAUCCUCAACAGCGCACCUCUAGCCUUCGCCAACCCGGUAUAUCACAUGGAGUCGAACCAUCACGGUAGAAACGGCAGGCGAGGAAGCACCAGCUCCGACGAGCGAGAAGGUAGCAAUGGUGGUGUAGAGAACGUAAGGGGUGUCGAUCUCAGCCCAUCGCCACCACUGCAGCAGAACGCGAGGAACCUGCAGAGGAACGGACUACAAUCGCACCAGUGGAGACAGAAUAACUCGGCAAUCAGGCCGGGAAAUAAUGAACAGAGCCAGAACAACGUGUGCUGCACAAAGCUGAGGAGAAGGCUGUCGCUGGACUCCACGAGAGAUCUGUCGGAUACCAGUGAGGAAGAGAGCUGCGCCACAAGGAGAAGCAAAUCCAGAAGUCAUCGAAGUAUCGAUCAGUACGAGGUCGAAAUCGAGAGGUUGCAGAGCAGCGUUGACAGACUGCGUGCCCGGCUGGGCGCCGCCGAGGACGCUGAUGUCGACGGCUUGGGGCCCGACACCAAAAUGAAGAGCAUUAUCUCCAGGUUGAUAUCCGUGGAGGAGGAACUGCGUCGCGAGCAACAAAAGAUGUCAGCAGCGCUGUCGUACAAGCAGCGCGUGAUCGACGCGCAGGAGCAGCAGAUAGCCGCCUUGGACGCGGCCAACUCGCGCCUCAUGUCGUCGAAUACAAGACUGUUGUCCGCAUUAAGCACCCUGAGGGAGCGCUACCACGGUAACAAUACCAACAACGCCACCAAUGUCGGCAGCAACACCACCAAACAGUCCAACAACGGCAAUUCGUCGGCCAGCAACAACAACCAGGCCAGCGAUGCCUCGGCGCUUCUUCAGAACAUCGCUGACAUCGGCGAACUGAAAAGCUCGACCUGCUAAUAGACGCACGACCUUUUUUUUCUUCGAUGAUGAAAAGUAGCCUUAGAAUCUCGCGGGAUUUUUGUGUGGAUCAUAUAUGGACGAGCUUUGUCCCUGGUUGGGAAGGUGUUGUCAGCGGACGUUGGGUUUAUAAUUGAUCGUUCGAUUUUUACCGAUUGAAGUUCUGUAUAUUUAUAUAUCUUUACGAUUAUCUUUAGGUGUAGGAGUAAUUAUUAUCUAUAUUUUGCACCGUGAGUUAUGACGACUUAAAGGCAAUCAAGUUUGCGUUUGAGAAUUCUUAUUUUGUAUAGAUACGUUGACGCGUUCGCUGCCGAUGAGGCAUUGAGACACGCGUAAAGUUGGUAUUUAAUACCUACUUUGAGAAAAUCGUGUUUGUUGUACAUUUUUUGCUCAUAGACAAUUAAGUGCGAUGUAUCAUUUAUAUCAUUGCAUUGAUUGCUCAAUAAUUUAUAUUAUUACAGUUAUGUAGUGUUCACUUUAAAAAUAUGAAUCAUAAACAUCGAGAAUUUAGUUGAAUAUUAUUGUGUUCAAGAGAGUUUCCUAACCAGGGAUGAAAUCUUAGAAUUGCGGUCGUGCGCGGUAACUUUGAAUAGGUGAAUUGCCUUGUUUUUUUUCGAUCAAAAACUGAUUUACGUACUUCGACAAUUUUUACUCUGUUUGCAUUGCAUUACCGUAAAAAUUAUUUCACAUCGAAUCUUGAAAUUCGACAUCAGUAUUAUCGUCGUUACUUGAAAAAAGAAAAUUUUUUCAUACAGUGGGUAAAAACUGUAGACGCCAACUACACGAUUUUAAUUUAUAGUUAAUGCAAUGUUAAUUAUAAUAUUAGAUGUCAACUAUGGUAUAAGAAAGCAUAGUUAACUGUACAACCCAUAUAUGUAUUAAGAAAAUUUUACGUUCUUCAAAAGAAAAGAUCUAACUUUCUAGAAAAAAAAGAAAAUUGUCAAUAGAAAUAGAAGUUUCGAAGUACCACGAUUAGUUCUUGCUUUCGAUUAGUUUGUUGGGUUGGUUUCUUGCGUAGGAUAGGUUUGCGUAAAACCUAAUGAAACCAACUGAAAAAAUUGUUUUCGGGAAAAGUUGGAAAAGCAAAGAAUUUAAUGCGCGCUAAACGACUCGUGUUUCAAUCGUCUUGGCGUUGAUUGUAACUAUUUUCGAUCUUAACCAACCGAAUUUACUUUCGUUAUUUUAAAUUUAAUAUUGUGCUCUAUUGUAUAGUUUGAAAAGCACUUUAUUUGUAAAUCCUUUUUAAAUAUCGAUGUUCUUUUAUGCUUCUGUUAUUGCUAACAAUGGCGAGACACCACAAAAAGCGUUUAUUGAAUUAACAUCGUUGGUUGUGCAAAAUGGGAAAUCGAUACAAUCAUGUACGUCAGAAAGAAUGCAAAAUAUUGCUGGAAUGCCGUAGGAUUCUCAUUUGCUUGUAAAAAGUAUAUAUAUUAUGAAAAAAGCAUCUCUGCAAAAUUUUGCUUGUUAAAGUGAAAAAUUUUUUAUGCGCGCGCAUUAGAGGCUACCUAGCAAUUAGGCAGAGGAAAAUGAAAAAGAGAUAUUUAUCACUGCUGUAUUGAUUGAGUAGACUAAUUUCAUGUAGCUAAGCGUCCGAUUUUGACCAGCGGGAAAAAGUCUCUCUGAGUAAAACAAGAAAAAAGAAUGAUUGAAAAAAGAUAAUUGCGAUAUAUCGAUAUAUUUGUUUAUAUAUUCGACGCUAUAAGUUCAAAUUAUUGUGUACAGUUUUUAACAUACAUUUUUUUUGCAAGGCGGCGUAUUUUUCGUUUUCUCUUGCAUCUUAAGGCACCAAUGAAUCGAAAGAAAAGAAAAGAAGCAAAGAGCGAAUUGACGCUACAAUUUAAAAUUGUAAAUGACGAUCACGCAUUUUCAAACGCACUUGGUGUGUGUUUGCCUUCGGCGCACAGUGACUCUUUUCUGGAGAUGCACGAGAGCACACAAGUCUGUUCUUUUUCAUCGAGAGCACGUUAGCCGAUCGGUCGAUUGCUUGAUCAUUGUUUUCCUUUUCUUUUUCUAUUCUCAUUUCCGAGGAACGCCACUUUUGUACAUGACGCGUACGCGUACUUUUUUAAAAGGGUGUCGAGUGUAACUCGCACAAAGGCGCGACAAAUUUUCGUCGUGCAUCUGUAAAAGAUCUUGAGCCUCGAAAUAGAAAACUGUACUUUUUAAGCGAUAAUAUUUAUUUAGUAGUUUCUACCAAAGAUAUAAACAAACACAAAAAAGAAAAGUUUCUGCAUUGUACAAUGUCGCUUGAAUUUAUGUAAAAUAUCAUCGUUUUUUCUUUUCUUAUUCUUUAUUAAUAUUCGCGUCAAAUAUUCGGAGGAAGAGAUGAGAAGGAGUUAUUAAGUAAGCACGAAACAGAGUAGGACUCGUAAUGUGGAGAAAGCGCAUAACGUUUUUGAGAAAUCUCACGGAUUUUUACGAAGUUAAUAUAUGCGAUAUAUUGAUAUAAUGUAAAUGCGCUUCUUGCACAUGGCGACUUUUUAAACAUAACAAAAAAAAAGAUGAAAGAAUGCGUAAAGAUGAAAGAGAAGUAAGAAAACAGAAUGUGCGUUUUCUAAAGUGGCGAAAAAACGAUAAAUGAGAAAAACAAAUAUUUCGAAAAAGAGUGUGCGCACUGCAUGACAAUUUGUUGUUUGACCGCCUUUAUACGCGAGCGUUUUUACAUCACAAUCAUCAUUAUACUACAAGAUUAUCCAUCAUCCUAGACUUACUAUAUGACGUGCGAAUGGUGAUAAGUGCGAGAGAACGAAUAAGAUGCGAAUGAUGAGUGACGUGGAAAAGAUUUCUAACGUUGUCUAAUCCCGUGGAAAAAGUAUUAUUUCGUCAAUAUGUACAAUUGAAUUGUCAUCGAGUCGAGAUGUUUAUUGAAGAUAAAAAAAUAAACUUUCUUUCUAUAAGAGUAA